AUGCUUUUCAACCUCGAAUCACUGGCUGUUCAGCUGCUCGCAGCUGCGACGUGCGUUUCUGCCUUGCCCACUGGUCUUGAGAAGCGAGCAGUCAUCAACCACGAUGCAGUCGUUGGCUUCGCUGAGACUGUCCCUUCUGGCACAGUAGGGACAUUGAUGUUGAAGUACAAGCCGUACCUCAAGGUCUUCAACGGCUGUGUUCCGUUCCCUGCCGUCGACGCUGCAGGAAACACUGGGUACGGCGGUCUUGCAAACACUGGUGGCUCGAACAGUGGAUGCUCUUCGUCCACCGGCCAGGUCUACACUCGUGCAGGUACUUACAACGACAAGUACGGCAUCAUGUACAGCUGGUACAUGCCUAAGGACUCCCCUUCUACUGGUCUCGGCCACCGCCACGACUGGGAGAACAUCGUUGUCUGGCUUUCCGCUGAGUCCACUUCUGCUACUGUCACUGGCGUCGCCAUUUCUGCCCACGGUGACUACCAGAAGGAGGCUUCCCCGCCGUUCCAGGGCACCAGCCCGAAGAUCGGGUACAUCAGCUACUACCCAGUCAAUCAUCAGCUGAUUGCAACGGAUGACUUAGGUGGGCAGCAGCCGCUCAUUGCGUGGGAGAGCAUGACUGCAGCGGCGAGAACGGCUAUUGAGAACACCGACUUCGGCUCUGCGACACCCAGCUUCAGGGACAGCAACUUCCAAAGCUACCUUGCGGAUGCCUACUUCUGAACAGGAGGUUUCAAAGACCGAUCAAAUAUUUGAAAGAGCAACGCCGACAUGUCAACUGCAGAGCUACGAGACCAUGAACAUUGAACAUUGUUACUC